UCCUCCGAGCGGCACCAAAACGCUCGUCUGCAAGGUCCUCUGUGCGCUGCAGCGGAUAGCUGCCGCCACUGCUGGGUAACUCUCAGUGAGUCCCUGGGUUCCUUCCGUGUUCGCCAGCCUGGGAAUUUGCUCCAAGGGGCGCAGGUGCUCGGCGGUGGUGUUGCCCAUGGCCCGGCCGGAGAGACGAUUGAGGGCGCCGGACCGGCUGGACGGGUACACGACUCAGUAACUGGCAACUGGAGAUACUCAUGUUUCAGUAACCAGGAGGCACCUCUGCCGCCGCUUCAGGAUCCAGGGGGCGUGUGGCCCAGUGAAGCUCCUGAGGUGUACAGCAUGAUCUUGCUGCUCCUGGGUGCCGUGCUGCUGGUGGCCCAGCCCCAGCUUGUGCCUUCCCACCCGGCUGCUCCUGGCCCAGGGCCUGUACAGCAGGAGCUUUUGAGGAAGGUGGGCACCCUCCCGGAGGACGCCCGAGAAGGUGCAGCAGCCAAUGGUUCCACACAGCAGCUGCCACAUACCAUCAUCAUCGGGGUGCGCAAGGGUGGUACCCGAGCGCUGCUGGAGAUGCUCAGCCUGCAUCCUGAUGUAGCUGCAGCUGAGAACGAGGUCCAUUUCUUUGACUGGGAGGAACACUACAGCCAAGGCCUGGCCUGGUACCUCACCCAGAUGCCCUUCUCCUUCCCUCACCAGCUCACGGUGGAGAAGACACCCGCUUACUUCACUUCGCCCAAAGUGCCUGAGAGAAUUCACAGCAUGAACCCAGCGAUCCGCCUGCUGCUCAUCCUGAGAGACCCAUCGGAGCGCGUGCUGUCUGACUACACCCAAGUGUUGUACAAUCACCUUCAGAAACACAAGCCCUACCCACCCAUCGAAGAUCUUCUCAUGCGGGAUGGCCGGCUCAACUUGGACUAUAAGGCUCUCAACCGCAGCCUGUACCAUGCACACAUGCUAAACUGGCUGCGUUUUUUCCCACUGGGCCGCAUCCACAUCGUGGAUGGCGACCGCCUCAUCAGAGACCCUUUCCCCGAGAUCCAGAAGGUUGAAAGAUUCUUAAAGCUGUCACCGCAGAUCAAUGCCUCAAACUUCUACUUUAACAAAACCAAGGGUUUCUAUUGCUUGCGGGACGGCGGCAAGGACCGCUGCUUACACGAGUCCAAAGGCCGGGCGCACCCCCAAGUGGAUCCCAAACUACUCCAUAAACUGCACGAGUAUUUUCAUGAGCCAAAUAAGAAAUUCUUCGAGCUUGUGGGCAGAACAUUCGACUGGCACUAAUUUGCUGUCAGUUAGGCUCGGGACUUUUCCUGUUGUAACUUCUGGUGUAAAUCUAAGUGGGGGUGGGGGGUGGGGAGGAAAAAAUUUUAAAAAGACAUUUAAGCUAUAAUUUAUUUGUAAAACCCACAAAUGACUUCUGUACAGUAUUAGAUUCACAGUUGCCAUAUAUAGUAGUUAUAUUUUUCUACUUGUUAAACGGAGGGCGUUUUGUAUUGUUUUUCAUGGUUGUUAACAUUGUGUAUAUGUCUCUAUAAUAUGAAGGAACUUAACUAUUGCACUGAAAAAAAAAAAAAGCUUUUUCUGGAGACGUCUUUCUUUCUUUUUUUU